AUGGCCUUAAGCAAGAAACCUGUUCGGCUGAUGGUCUGAUAAGGCGACUGACGCUGUUUUACCGUGAGAAAAAUAAAAAACACGGUGUAAGGUCUCGUAAGUUCAAACGAACAGAGCACAAGACUGCAAGAGUCAAAGACGGCAGCACCACACCACACCACACUCUCAAGCCUCGACACUACGAGACGCCUCGCCGGCCGCGCCGCCCCCAACUCCUUUGAUCCUCUUCUUGCAACCCCCCCCCCCCCCCCCCCCAUCCCGCGGGAGACCUCCGACGUGGUCCGCCUCGCCGCCUUCUACGAGGCCGUGCUGGGGUUCGAGCGCAUCCCUUCGCCCACCUACUCGGGCUUCCAGGUCGCCUGGCUCCGCCUCCCGAGCUCCCCCGACGUCGCGCUCCACCUCAUCGAGCGGAACCCAGCCGCGGCACCCGUCGCGGUGGAGCCUGGCGCCGAGGGCGCGCCGCCGUCGCAGCUGCCCCGGCGCCACCACCUCGCCUUCUCCGUCGCCGACUACGACGGGUUCGUGACCGGGCUGAAGGCGCGCGGCACCGAGGUGUUCGAGAAGACGCAGCCAGACGGGCGCACGCGCCAGGUCUUCUUCUUCGACCCCGACGGUGAGAGGAUAGAGACGCCCUACUCGUUUCAUCUCAAUUUUUACUGUUUUUGGGGUGAUCAAGCGAGGUUCCCCGCUUUUGGGUCGAUUUUUGUCAUCGUCAAAUUGAUGAAAAAAACUGGUUCAUGCUUGUUGCAAUUGGCUAGAGAAUUGUAG